AUGGCUGACACCAACGCCAACAGAAAGCCAAAGAGAUAUAUUACAGGCCAUAACGCCGAAGGCAAAGGCAUCAUCGAGGCAUGUGAUGAAGGCCACUGGAGGAAGAUUGACAACGACAUCGUUCGCUACAACGAGUUUUGGACCACAUCAACAUUUCCAAUCGAUAUCAGCAAUGACGACGCCCUGAACAGGGAGAAGGAGAUCUUGUCGUUGUCUCUCCCCAAUGGUACCGUCUUACGAAUGGUCGAUAGAUCUCCAGGAUCAUACUCUGCCAUGCAUCGUACACAGUCACUCGACUAUGGUGUGGUUAUUGAGGGUGAGAUGGAAUUGAUCAUGGAUUCCGGCGAGAGAGUCACCCUACAGAGGGGUGAUGUGUGCAUUCAGAGAGGCUCCAUGCAUCAAUGGAGAAACCCUGGCACCACUUGGAACCGUAUGUUGUUUGUGCUGAUCGACGCCUUGCCGUUGGAGGUUGCGGGACAGCGCUUCGAGGGCGAGACGGGAUAUGAGCAUGUCAAAGAGAUCGGAGCUCGUCUCUGA